AUGCAGAGUACAGUGCUGCCUGCACUCCCUCGGCAUGUGCCAGGCGCUGCUGGUGCUCUGUGCCACCCUGCCAUGCCUUCAUACCUUGCCCUGUGCCUGCUGCCCCUGCUCUUGCGGUGCUUGCCCUUGGUCAGGGGCUGCCCAGGAGACUGUGUUUGCCGGGAUAGCCACACCAUAGACUGCAGGGACCUGGGACUUUCUGAGCUGCCUACCGGUCCCUUCCCGCUGGUGAUCAGAAAGAUCCUCAUGAGCAACAACCGAAUCCGGGAGAUCCCCAAUGACUUCUUCAUGUACUACCGUGACCUGGUCUACCUGGACCUCAGCAACAACUCGCUGUCGUCUAUCGCCCAUGGGACCUUCAGCAGCACCAAUCUCAUCUACCUGGACCUCAGCUACAACAACUUCUCGCAGCUAGCGCCCGGAGCGUUCAGCUCAGCGCAGCGCCUCAUCAUGUUGCGCCUGGGGAACAACCCCCGCCUGGGGAAGGUGGAGGACGGAGCAUUCCUGAACCUCAACCUCCUGCAGGUGCUGGAGCUCAACGACAACGCGCUGGAGUCCCUGAGUGUGGCCACCCUCCGCUCCCUACCCUCCCUCCGCACCGUCCGCCUGGAUGGUAACCCCUGGCUCUGCAACUGCAACUUCGCCCAGCUCUUCCUCUGGCUCAGAGCGAACGCUGAAAUCCUCGCCACGGGCUUUGAUGCAAUCCAAUGCUCCUUGCCCAGGGAUAUGAGGAAGAUUACACUCAACGAGUUAUCAGACAGCAGCUUCACAGAGUGUGAGUUCUCCCUGACUCUGACAGACUACUUGAUUAUCUUUUUCUCUGGGGUUUGUGUCUCCAUCACUGCCAUUACAACGAGCUUCUUCUUGGCCAAUAUUGUUCAAUGCUUCCAGAGACUGGGACUAUUCAAGGAAAGUGAUGACGACGAAGAGAAUAAUUAA